AGCUAUUCUUAGGAGCUCUGCACAGCCUGACCAGGCAGCAAGGAACACAGCAGAGGAAGCCACCGCUGUCGGCACCAGUAUGUCUUACAGUGUGACUCUGACUGGGCCUGGGCCCUGGGGCUUCCGUCUGCAGGGAGGCAAGGACUUCAAUAUGCCCCUCACUAUCUCCCGGAUCACCCCAGGCAGCAAGGCGGCCCAGUCCCAGCUCAGUCAAGGAGAUCUUGUGGUGGCCAUUGAUGGAGUCAACACAGACACCAUGACCCACCUGGAGGCCCAGAACAAGAUCAAGUCGGCCAGCUACAACCUGAGCCUCACUCUGCAGAAGUCCAAGCGUCCUAUCCCCAUCUCCACGACAGCACCCCCUAUCCAGUCCCCAUUGCCAGUGAUCCCCCACCAAAAGGACCCUUCUCUGGACACGAACAGCAGCCUGGCGACUCCCAGCCCCAGCCCUGAGGCGAGGGCCAGCCCAGGCACCUCAGGCACCCUGGAGUUCGGGGACACCUUUAGCUCUUCCUUCUCCCAGACCUCUGUCUGCACCUCACACAUGGAGGCCUCGGGGCCUGUCCUUCCUCUGGGCAGCCCAGUGGCCAAGGCCAGCUCAGAGGGUACCCAGGGCUCAGUCAGCCCCAAAGUUCUGCCAGGCCCCAGCCAACCAAGGCUAUAUAACAACCCCAUUGGCCUGUACUCAGCAGAGACCCUGAGGGAGAUGGCUCAGAUGUAUCAGAUGAGCCUCCGAGGGAAGGCCUCAGGUGCUGGACUCCUAGGAGGGAGCCUCCCUGUGAAAGACCUGGCGGUGGACAGCGCCUCUCCCGUGUACCAGGCUGUGAUCAAAACCCAAAGCAAGCCAGAAGAUGAGGCUGAUGAGUGGGCCCGCCGGUCCUCCAACCUGCAGUCUCGUUCCUUCCGAAUCUUGGCCCAGAUGACCGGGACAGAAUACAUGCAAGACCCUGAUGAGGAAGCUCUGCGAAGGUCAAGCACCCCUAUUGAGCAUGCUCCAGUGUGCACAAGCCAGGCCACUUCCCCGCUGCUGCCUGCUUCUGCCCCGUCGCCUGCUGCUGCCUCUCCCAUUGCGGCCUCGCCAACCCUGGCCACAGCUGCUGCCGCCCAUGCUGUUGCUGCCUCCGCUGCAGGCCCUGCCUCAAGCCCCGUGGAGAAUCCGAGGCCACAGGCUUCUGCUUACAGCCCUGCAGCAGCCACUUCUCCAGCACCUGCUGCCCAUACCAGCUACAGUGAAGGUCCAGCUGCCCCUGCACCCAAGCCUCGGGUUGUAACCACUGCCAGCAUCCGGCCUUCGGUCUACCAGCCAGUGCCUGCAUCUCCCUACAGCCCAUCUCCAGGAGCCAAUUAUAGUCCGACUCCCUAUACUCCUUCACCAGCUCCUGCUUACACCCCCUCACCUGCUCCCACCUAUACCCCCUCACCUGCACCCACCUACUCCCCCUCUCCUGCACCAGCUUAUACCCCAUCACCUGCCCCAAACUAUAACCCUACACCAUCAGCUGCCUACAGUGGGGGCCCUUCAGAAUCUGCCAGCCGCCCACCCUGGGUGACCGACGACAGCUUCUCUCAGAAGUUUGCUCCCGGAAAGAGCACCACCUCUGUCAGCAAGCAGACCCUGCCCAGGGGGGCUCCAGCCUACAACCCAACAGGCCCACAAGUGACUCCUCUUGCCAGGGGCACCUUCCAGAGAGCUGAGCGCUUCCCAGCAAGCAGCCGGACUCCCCUCUGUGGGCACUGUAACAAUGUCAUCAGGGGUCCUUUUCUGGUAGCCAUGGGCCGCUCUUGGCACCCAGAAGAGUUCAAUUGUGCCUACUGCAAGACCUCCCUAGCAGACGUGUGCUUUGUGGAGGAGCAGAACAAUGUUUACUGUGAGCGGUGUUACGAGCAGUUUUUUGCCCCGAUCUGUGCCAAGUGUAACACCAAGAUCAUGGGGGAAGUGAUGCACGCGCUGCGACAGACCUGGCAUACCACCUGCUUCAUCUGCGCCGCCUGUAAGAAGCCUUUUGGGAACAGCCUCUUCCACAUGGAGGAUGGAGAGCCAUACUGUGAGAAAGACUACAUCAACCUGUUCAGCACGAAGUGUCAUGGAUGUGAUUUCCCUGUGGAAGCUGGUGACAAGUUUAUCGAGGCAUUGGGGCACACCUGGCACGACACCUGCUUCAUUUGUGCGGUCUGCCACGUGAAUCUGGAGGGGCAGCCAUUCUACUCCAAGAAAGACAAACCGCUGUGCAAGAAGCACGCGCAUGCCAUCAACGUGUAGGAGCCUAGAGUGGCUGGUGUGGGCCAAGCCCAGGCUGCUCCUGCUACUGAUAAGGAAGGAGUCAAAGAAGCUGAUGAUUCUUCUGGGGGGAAAGAGGGACGAGAGGAAAUGAUCGAGCCCUUUUGAAGUCUAACUUUAUUCUUUUCUUGUACACACAGAAUGUGUAUUAUUUUAGUUCAGACUAGAAGCCAAAAGAAGAUUCUAAACCCAGCUAGUAAUUAAUCCACGGCUGGAAUUGGACUUCAGAUUUGUUUUGGGAAAUGGCUCCAAGAAUCCAACAGUGAAAAAGAAAAAAAAAGUUCAAAAAUCAUAGUCUCCCUGGCCAUGUGAGUUGCCAGUGUGGGGAUGGAGCUCUGGGCAGUUAUGGAGUCUCUAAAGCAUGCGGCGGAGUUCCAGAGAGACCCUUGGCAAGCACAGUGAUAUGCCAAACAGUAUUUGCUGUGCGGAUAUUUUUAGAGCCGGCACUAAGAGCUCCUUAGCUAAGACCCAUUGGACUUUCCUCACCAAAAAAGGAAGAGUUGUUCCAUUAGCAUCACAGAGUUACCUCUGUGCACCAGACUUCAGAUGUUGAAUGAACUUGAAACUCGUAAGGGGAGCUCAGACGCCUGAAGCAAUGGCGGGCCACCACAGGGCAAGUGAAAACAAGCGAGACCUCCAGAGAGGUCUUAGGCUCAUGCCCCCAGCAGCUGAGGAAAGAUGAGAUUUCUCUGCCUCUCCCCCUCUUUCCAUCCUCUGAAACAUCUAACGUCCCUGGAAGGCUUUGCUCCUUUUGAAUUGUUAAGGCAAAGUGAAACUUGGGUUUCUCCAGUUUUGCUUUACAAUGUAUCAGAAGAGGUUUGAAAAAGGCAGGGUUGGGUGUAGCCUUUGUUUGGCUUGAAGAGGGUCCUUUCUGCGCAUGAGCGUUCUGUGCAUGUAUUUCACCCCCCUACCCACAACGGCUCAGGUACAUUUUCCUCAGCCCCACCCUCAAACAGGCUCAGUGGGAAAGAGAGAGAGACAGUGUCAAACACAGGAUGGUAGAACAGGCUCACCUGCUCAUGGGGAGAGGACUUCCGAGCUAUCCUCAGGAAGAAGGCAGGAAGACCCUCCCACCUCCAGGGCUGCACCGUCCUCCUUACCUGUAAUUUAAGUGCAGCAUACCAAGUAUAUAGUCAUGCUGACUGCUGCAAGGAGAAAAAGGUGCCUUUGCCAUUUGGGCCAAUAUUUUGAAAAUAUUUGAAUGGAUUUAGAAUAUUUUUUGAAAUAGACCUGGCCUUCAGACUUUUUUUACAACACAGGUGACUCUUUUACAUAGACAUGGAGUUAGGUAAGCUUGGUAAAGCUAUUUAGAAGUAAAGAAAGUGGCUUCCUUUCUGGGUUCUGAGAUGGCACAUUUGCUUUCAUUUCUAGGAAGUGCUGUUAGGAUGGACGUUCAUUGAAAAUGGCAUCGAAGCAGGGUGUGUGUGUGUGUGUGUGUCUGUGUGUCUCACUGGAGCACAAUAUGUAGGCACUACCAACUCACUGCCCAUCUCUCCUUGGUCCUGCUUUGGAUUUUUCGCUUUGCACGUUUGAAAUGCUUUAUAGGAAUGUAUUCAAACUCUUCUUUUGAGAACUAAGGCUUCCAAGAGACCGUCACCCUGCUUGAGGGUCUCCCCUCCCUGGAAGACUCUGAGUUAGUCAAACAUUGUGUAGCAGGAAGUCCACAGUUUGGAAUCACCAAUCCCACCCAGGCAGCACCAGGGAAGGUCAGAACUGUGCUCCCACCAAACAGCUCUUCUUUACUUUAUGCAAAGCUCCAGACUGAGUAAAUUCUGCUGGGACAGCCUGGAGAUUUGUCCAGACAUGCAGAACAGUACCUUGCGUAGUCUGUUAUUUUUGGAAAGUUCAAAUAUUCAGGGACAAGGAGCUUGCUGACGAAACAGAGGGCUUCUAAGCAGUUGAUUAAAAAAAAAAACAAUUAUCUAUUAAAUGAUUAGGAAUUGAUCGUAAGGAAGGGAAAUAAAAGUCUCUACCAUUACAUUUCCAAAACAUAUUUUUAAAGGUUUUCUACAUGAUCACAGGCACUGCUCCUGUGUAAUCGUUAUCGUUUUCUGUAGGAUCCUUAAGAAGAAAAUCAAAAUAUCCCAAAGGAAAGCAUCAGCAUUAUUCUAUAUUAGUUUUAAAAAUAUUUAAUAGUUCACAAAUGUUUUUAAAUGACUCUUAUUUUUUAAGUACAAAACGAUUUUUAGAGGCUGGGUAUAAUCCAGGGGUACGGAGUUUCCCUAGAAUUUAGAGUUCUUUAGCUUUGGUCUCCCAGCACUGCCAAAAACCAAUAUAAAGGUAGCAGAAAGAAGCUAGUCUCAAGAGUGGUCCACAGGUUGAGCGUGCACAGUGUUAAGAUUAAGGCUGUAUGGUGAUCGGUUAACAUCACAUCUUUCCUGUGGCAGCAAACAGCUUGUACUAGUGCACAGGAGGAAUACAGUUUGUCUUGUCUUCUUAUUCUUGGCAUUACUCCAACAUACUGAAAAGCACUCACCUUCUGAGUAGAAUGGCUUGUAUUGGCAGCGUUUGUGUUAGCAAUGUAGCCUUUGUAAUGUGACCUUUUCAACCCAAGUAUUCUGGGGUUGGG